AUGAACAGCUUAUGCCUGCAGAGACUGCAGGAGGAGAGAAAGAAAUGGCGCAAGGACCAUCCAUUUGGGUUCUGGGCGAAGCCCACCAAGAAGGAGGACGGGUCGAUGAACUUGCAGAAGUGGGAGGCGGGAAUCCCCGGGCGCGAGGGCACGAUUUGGAAGGACGGCGUGUACCCGAUCACGAUCGAGUAUCCCGAUGACUACCCGUCCAAGCCGCCACGGGUGAAGUUCCCGGCGGGGUUCUACCACCCGAACAUAUAUCCGAGUGGCACGGUGUGCCUGAGCAUACUGAACGAGGACCAGGACUGGAAGCCGGCGAUCACGAUGAAGCAGAUCCUGCUGGGUGUGCAGGACCUGCUGACGAGCCCGAACCCGAACUCGCCUGCACAGGAGCCGGCGUGGCGGGCGUACGCGAAGAACCUGCAGGAGUACGAGAAGAAGGUGCUGGAGCAGGCGCGGCGGUACGCAAAGUGA